AGGAUCCCAACCCCUCCCCUCUCUCCCCUCCCCUCCCCAGACUCGCAGCCGACAAGGAGAGGACCGGGCGGGUUGCCGCUCCGUCGGGGCGUCGCUGCGCUUUGCACAGCUUUUUGCAAAGCGAGCCGGGCAGCACAUGCGAGCUGCGCUCUGCUUUCUCUCUCUCUCUCUCUCUCGGAUCUCCCUCCCUCUUUAGAAAUCGCGGAGGGAGGCGGCGGAGGCUUUGCAAGGCCGGACGAGCCAUGGGGGGCCCCGUGGGCUUGCCCUCCCUCCCUCCUCCUUGCAGCCCCCACCCCUUUCCCCGGCGUCUUUAAGCAGCAGCGGCAGAAGGAGGAGGAGAAGGAACGGCGCGCCUGGGCGCAUCGGCGAGGAAGAGGAACGCGCUGCUGCUGCUGCUGUUUUCGGCGGCGGCGCCCUGGCCAUGGGGCGCUUCUUCGCCCCCGGAGGAUGAGGUGGUGGUCGGGACUGCGGCUCCUGCGGCGCCGGGAGCUGCCCGCUGGCUCCCGAUGAGCGACUGGAAGGCGGGGAAACGGCAUCGGAGGAUGGCGGCGGGUCUCCUGGCGUGCAAAGGCCCCCGCACCCGGCUGCCGGUGGGCGCCAGCGCCCUGGGCUUCUUUGUCCUCUGCUGGCUGUACAUCUUCCCUGUCUACCGGCUGCCGGACGAGAAGGAGGUCGUGCAGGGAGUCCUGCUGCAGCAAGGCAGAGCCUGGCGGAGGAACCGCAGCGCCGUGGCCGGAUUCAGGAAACUACUGAAAGACUGCUGUGACCCUGGGCGCUUCUUUGCCAUGACUAAAGAGAACUCUCCGGUGGGGAAGAACCUGUGGUAUGACGGGGAAUUUCUGUACUCCUUCACCAUCGACAACGAAACCUUCUCCCUUUUCCCAAAGGCAACGCCAUUCCAGCUGCCAUUGAAGAAAUGCUCUGUGGUAGGAAAUGGUGGGAUUCUGAAGAACAGCGGCUGCGGCAGACAGAUAGACCAAGCGGACUUUGUCAUGCGAUGCAAUCUUCCACCUCUCACCAGUGAAUACAGCAAGGACGUUGGGUCCAAAACUCAGCUGGUAACUGCAAAUCCCAGCAUAAUUAAGAAAAGGUUCCAGAACCUUCUUUGGUCCCGAAAAGCCUUUGUGGACAGUGUUAAAGUCUACAACCAGAGCUACAUCUAUAUGCCGGCCUUCUCCAUGAAAGCGGGAACAGAGCCCUCUCUCAGGGUCUACUACACCCUAGCAGAUGUUGGCGCCAGGCAAAAGGUGAUUUUCGCCAACCCAAACUUCUUGCGCAACAUCGGAAAGUUCUGGAAGAACAAAGGAAUCCAUGGAAAGCGGCUGUCGACGGGCCUCUUCCUGGUCAGUGCAGCCCUGGGUUUGUGUGAAGAAGUAACGAUUUAUGGGUUCUGGCCCUUUUCGAUGGACCUGCAUGGGAAGUUUAUCAGUCACCACUACUACGACAACAUCUUGCCGGAUUCGUGGUUUCACGCUAUGCCGGAGGAAUUCCUACAGCUGUGGUUUCUCCACAAAAGUGGCGUGUUGCGAAUGCAGCUGGAACAUUGCGAAGCCUGAGAACCUGGGUCUGAGGGAGUUGGUGUGUCUCGCUAAAUGAACAAACUGGGGAAAGGCUGUGGGGACUCAAAACCCAACCUUAAAAUGGGAUUUGCAUGGAAUGCUACAAUAACAAUUGCUCCAUUGAUAACUUGAAGACGGACAGAGGAGUCAGAGUCCUCACGUGCAGUGUUUCAUGAGGUGAUUGGUGGUUAUCUCAGCAAAAUGGCGUAAUUUGACUGGGUGUUGCCAACGUUGUGACUCAAGAGCAUCAAGCAGUUUGAAGAGGGGUAGGGGGUUACAAAGGGCUUUUGCUGAGUAUUUCAUAUUGCUCAGAUUUAAGACUGGCAACCCAUUCAAUUGGGGAUAUGGUUUCCUUUUGGUUUCCUUUUUUUGUUUCCAAAGCUGGAUUUUGAAAGGUGCCUGGAGUCAACCAUUCCUGUUUCUUUCAGGGAGUAUUGAACAAGUCAUAGGACAGUGCCAAUUUUUCUCUCCUUUUGUUUUGUUUUUGUUUUGUUUUUAAAGAAAAUGACAGGUUACUCCUUUCAAUAGCAGUAUUCUCCAGUCCUUGUAGCAUAAACUGGGAAACCUUUUUUUUAAAAGAAAUGUGAAUGUUUUUUAAGCAAAAUAUUUAUUUUUUGAUGAAACAAAUUGCCCGGUCUUUCCACACAGGCCUAUUGCUGUAAGGUAAUAGAUGCUGUUGAGCAGUCCAGAUUGCUCUUGGUCAUAAAACCCAAACCUAUUUGAUCCCACGGUGCAGAACUGGGCACAAUUCUGAGCUGGCCUCGCAUUGUCAAAAUGCCGAGUAGCUGCACAUUUGAGAAGCAAGAAUCUGGCCUGGUUGAUAGACCCUGGGCAGUCAGUUCCUGUUUUUGUAGACACUUAACUGGAAGCCAAUUUUGCAAUGCCUGAAAGUUGCGUGCUGGGUUUCCAGUAUGGGCUUCAUCCUACAUUCCUUUGCGUUCCAGGCCCACCAAGAAGGUGGUGCAUUGUACUUAAGAAUCAGAACUGCUGUUCAGACUUUGGGGAGGAACCACAGGUUCAAUCUCCCAGGAUCAAUCUUUCCGAAAUAGAGGGUCCUAGGUCACAGUAGGAAAGGACCUUCUUGCGUGAAACCCGCAAUGGUGGCCUGGCCAUGUAUAAUGCAAACUUCACUUUUGCAAUUGUAACUUUCUUUGAUUCA